AUGAUUUUAGGAUCCAACAAAGACGAAGGCGCACUUGCAGCAGUUGGGCCGUCGAUUGCUUUCCGUGGCCCCCCAGAGGAUUCGGACGCCUAUUUUUAUUCUUACAUGUCCAAUAGCUCCGUCCUAGACCUUCAGCAAGUCGAUAAACAAGUCUACGAAAAAGUUGCGGAGCUUUAUCCUGACGAACCAUCGCUCGGUUCUCCUUUUGACACGGGGAAUCGUACCUUCGGCCUCCCCCGUAUUUUCAAACGGCUAGCUGCGUGGUACGGCGAUCUACAUUACCAAGCCCCCAAAAGAUUCUGGGCUCGCAAGGCCUCUCCACAUCAACCAGUAUAUGUAUAUUAUUUUGACGGACCGCCAGCAUCGAAUGAUCAUGCAUACGGAGGUGUCUCUCAUAGUUCGGAACUGCCCUUGAUUUUCGGAAAUCUCGAUGAAGAAGACUUAUCAAUUACCGAGGUGAAGGAAUAUAGAGCAUUGGCUGAGAGGGUCAGGAAUCGUUACAUCAGCUUCGUGUACGAACUCAAUCCGGGUGACGAUUGGCCCGCUUACACACCGAGGGCCAAAAAAGUCAUGCGAUUCAACAAGAAGAUUAUCGAAGGAGAAUUAAUUGAAGACGAUUGGCGAGCCGAGCAACUGGAGUAUCUGAACAGUGAACCUGCCCAGAACACUUACUUCACUUAA